AUGAUUUGGAGUUCUGGGGAAAGUCGAGCAUUUCGCAAUACGCCCCAUAAGGUUAAAAAAGCAAAAUAUAAGCAUGGCAAUCAGAAGGAUUACGCCAUAACCGACACCGACCCCCGGUACGGCACCUUACCAAGCCCCUACGAUAUUUCUGACGACGAAGAUGCACCCGCUCCUGCCGUAUCACGUACUGCCGUCGAUGUCCCUGUUGCGCCUGUAGCACCGAUUAAUGGGGGUGGAUGUAAAGAUGUAGAUGUCGAUUCUGGCGCCAAUUCAGAUGCCAAUUCAGGUGCCGAAGAGGCAUCUGACGACGACGGGGAGGAGGAGGAGGAUUAA